GCUCGGCGGCUGAAGAACAUCAAAGAAAUCGCGCGUGUGGGUGAUCCAAAAAUAUACGUAUAUAUUUAUAUAUACCCAUCGUUGAAAACCAGAAAAGCGGAAGGGAAAUGAAAAUUUCCAAAUCGAAACUCCAAUAGUUGAAUGAAAUGCAUUUCUGUUCGGUGUUGGUGAUUACAUUUCUUUGCCUCAACAAAGUGCAGGCACAGUUUUACGGAGGAGCCAGCUCUUACGGCUCAUCCGGUGGCCAAUCCAUUCGCCUUGGCCUUAUCACUGACGAUGCCAGCGAUAGAAUCCGGCAGACUUUCGAGCACGCCAUUUCGGUGGUGAACAGUGAGUUGGGAGUUCCUCUUUCCGGAGAAACGGAGCAGUGUGCCUAUGGCAACUCCGUCCAGGCCUUUGGCCAACUUUGCCGGCUGAUGCAGAGCGGAGUGGGUGCUGUUUUUGGGCCAGCUGCCAAGCAUACAGCCUCCCAUCUGCUGAAUGCCUGCGACUCGAAGGACAUACCCUUUAUAUACCCGCAUCUAUCGUGGAGCGCCCAUCCGGAUGGCUUUAAUCUGUUUCCCAGUUCGGAGGAUAUCGCCAAUGCGCUCUACGACGUUAUCAACCAGUUUGAGUGGUCGCGCUUUAUAUUCUGCUAUGAAUCUGCUGAGUACCUGAAGAUUUUGGACCACCUGAUGACGCUAUAUGGCCCCAAGGGACCUGUUAUCAAAGUAAUGCGCUACGAUCUCAAUCUGAAUGGCAACUACAAGUCGGUUCUAAGACGCAUAAGGAAAUCGGAAGAUAGUCGGAUUGUGGUUGUGGGCUCCACGGAAGGAGUGGCCGAGCUACUGCGUCAAGCCCAACAAGUGGGCAUCAUGAAUGAGGACUACACCUACUUGGUAGGCAACUUGGACCUGCACACUUUCGAGCUGGAGGAGUACAAAUACAGCGAGGCCAACAUCACUGGCUUCAGGAUGUUUUCCCCGGAUAAGGAGGAAGUGAGAGAUCUGGUUGAAAGGUUGGAACAGCUGAACGGGGAAAGUGAGCCCACAAAAACUGGUUCCUCAUCCAUCACCAUGUCUAUGGCUCUCACUUAUGAUGCAGUGCGUGUAAUCGCGGAAACAACCAAGCGCAUGCCCUAUCAACCUCAGUCACUCAACUGUUCCGAACGUCACGACAAUGUUCAACCAGAUGGUUCCUCUUUCAGGAACUACAUGAGAUCGCUGGAUAUCAAGGAGAAAACCAUCACAGGUCGCAUAUUCUUCGAGGGCAUUGUGCGCAAGGGCUUCACCUUCGAUGUAGUCGAGCUGCAGUCGAGUGGAUUGGUCAAGAUUGGCACUUGGGAGGAGGGAAAGGACUUCGAGUUCCAGCGACCACCUCAACCCAUAAACAGCAAUGUCAUUGAUGAUGGAGACGGGCUGGUCAACAAAACCUUUACGGUUCUCAUAUCCGUUGCGACCCAACCGUAUGCAAGUAUUGUGGAGAGUAUCGACACACUCACAGGCAAUGAUCAGUACCAGGGCUAUGGAGUGGAUCUGAUCAAGGAGUUGGCCGAGAAACUUGGGUUUUUCUUUAUCUUCCAAGAUGGUGGCAACGACUACGGUUUCUUCAAUAAAACCACUAACACGACUACGGGAAUGCUUAAGGAAAUUGUAGAAGGACGAGCUGAUUUGGCCAUCACGGAUCUGACGAUAACAUCGGAGCGAGAAGAAGUCAUUGAUUUUUCCAUACCCUUCAUGAAUCUGGGCAUUGCAAUUUUAUAUGUUAAGCCCCAGAAAGCGACCCCCGCCCUUUUCUCUUUCAUGGACCCCUUUUCAUCGGAAGUCUGGCUUUACUUGGGUAUAGCCUAUGUGGGAGUGUCGCUCUGCUUCUUCAUCAUAGGUCGCCUAUCGCCCAUUGAGUGGGAUAACCCGUAUCCCUGUAUCGAAGAGCCAGAAGAGCUGGAAACGCAGUUUUCCAUCAACAAUUCCCUGUGGUUCACCACGGGAGCUUUACUGCAGCAAGGCUCUGAAAUUGCUCCCAAAGCUCUCAGCACCCGUACAAUUUCCGCAAUAUGGUGGUUCUUCACUUUAAUUAUGGUAUCAUCCUACACUGCCAACUUGGCCGCUUUCCUGACGAUCGAGAAUCCCACGAGUCCAAUCAACAGCGUUCAAGACUUGGCCGAAAACAAAGACGGCGUUCAGUAUGGGGCAAAGCGUUCAGGAUCCACCAGGAAUUUCUUUACUACUUCGGAAGAUCCCAUCUACAAGAAAAUGAACGAGUACAUGAUGAUGCACCCCGAGAUGCUAAUGGACAAUAACCAGGAUGGCGUGAACAAGGUGAAGUCGGGCAACGAGUACGCCUUCCUCAUGGAGUCAACCUCCAUUGAAUUUAAUAUCGUCAGGGAGUGCAAUCUAACCAAAGUUGGGGAACCGCUGGACCAGAAGGGAUACGGCAUAGCCAUGGUGAAGAAUUGGCCAUAUCGCGAUAAGUUCAACAAAGCCCUGCUGGAACUUCAGGAACAGGGAGUCCUAGCCAGAUUGAAGAACAAGUGGUGGAACGAAGUCGGAGCCGGUGUUUGCAAUGCAAAAGACGAUGACAGUGGUCCUUCCGAUUUGAAAAUGGCAAAUCUUAGUGGAAUUUACUUUGUCUUGUGCGUUGGCACCAUCAUUUCCAUGGUUAUCUCUAUUUUGUGCUGGUGCUUUUUUGUUUUCAAGAAAGCCAGGUUCUAUGCGGUUCCCUUUUGCGAUGCCCUGGCUGAGGAGUUCAAAAUUGUCAUCCACUUCUCGGAAAAUGAAAGAGCCCUGAAAAGCGCCCAGUCGAUUUACUCCCGCAGUAGGAACUCGUCUCAAUCUAUAGAGUCCCUAGAAACGGACUCCGAGGAGCAUUCGCCGGCUGAGGAAGACACCUUUGUAGUUUUUUGGUCCAUAAUUUGCCUUCAAAUUACUGCCAAUAGCGCUCAGUAUGAAAACUUUGGCGGGUACGACAACUUCCAGAGUUCGGAAAUUGUCCCAAUUGGUCUGCUCACCGACCAAAACACGGAGCAAAUGAACAUAGUCUUCGACCACGCCAUUGAUGUGGCCAACCAGGAGGUGGGCACCCAGCUGACGUCCCUCAAGGAGGCGGUGGACUACGGAAAUGCCUACCAGAGCUACGCAGGAUUGUGCAGGAUGUUGGAGACUGGCAUAGCGGGUGUGUUUGGACCCUCAUCGCGUCACACUGCCGUCCACAUGAUGUCCAUUUGCGAUGCCAUGGAUAUUCCGCACAUCUACUCCUACAUGAGCGAGUAUACUGAGGGCUUUAACCUGCAUCCACAUCCGGUAGACCUGGCCAAGGCCCUUUUCAGCCUCAUCACGGCCUUCAAUUGGAAUCGCUUCAUUUUCCUCUACGAGUCGGCGGAUUACCUUAACAUUCUGAAUGAGUUGACCACGCUGUUCAAGACGAAUGGACCCGUGGUCACUGUGCUGCGUUAUGAUAUGGAGCUGAAUGGCAACUACAAGCCGGUGCUUCGGCGGGUGCGGAAAUCCAUGGAUAAUCGAAUUGUGGUUGUCGGCUCCAGCGAGACAAUGCCGGAGUUUUUAAACCAGGCCCAGCAGGUCGGCAUCAUCAACGAAGACUACAACUACAUUAUCGGCAACCUGGACUUUCAUUCCUUUGACUUGGAGGAGUACAAGUACAGCGAGGCCAAUAUAACUGGCCUGCGAUUGUUUUCCCCGGAGAAGAUGGCCGUCAAGGAGCUGCUCAUGAAGUUGGGAUAUCCCACCGACCAGGAUGAGUUCCGAAAUGGAUCCUGCCCAAUCACUGUGGAAAUGGCCUUAACCUACGAUGCUGUUCAGUUGUUUGCACACACUUUGAGAAAUCUUCCAUUUAAACCGAUGCCCCAAAAUUGUUCACAAAGAACGGAAAGUGUCCGCGAUGAUGGCUCUUCAUUUAAAAAUUACAUGAGAACGCUGCGUCUUAGGGAAAACCUGCUAACGGGUCCGAUCUACUUCGAGGGAAACGUCCGCAAGGGAUACCAUCUGGAUGUCAUCGAGCUGCAGCCCUCUGGAAUUGUAAAAGUUGGUACCUGGGACGAGGAGAGGGAAUACAGACCUCAGCGACUGGCGCCAACAACCGCCCAGUUUGAUAGUGUAGACAAUUCACUGGCCAACAAGACCUUCAUCGUAUUACUUUCGGUGCCGAACAAACCAUAUGCCCAACUGGUGGAGAACUCCAAGACCCUGGAGGGCAAUAGCCAGUAUGAGGGCUACGGGGUGGAUCUUAUCAAAGAACUGGCCGACAAACUGGGCUUUAACUUUACCUUCGUUAACGGCGGCAAUGAUUACGGAUCGUAUAAUAAAACCAGUAACGAAUCUACGGGCAUGCUGAGGGAACUUAUGCUUGGAAGAGCUGACUUGGCCAUCACGGAUUUGACCAUCACCUCGGAACGAGAAGAGGCUCUUGACUUCACCAUUCCCUUCAUGAACUUGGGCAUUGCAAUUCUGUACUUGAAACCCCAAAAGGCCACACCUGGUCUCUUCACCUUCAUGGAUCCGUUUUCCCAGGAGGUCUGGUGGUACCUAGGAUUAUCCUUUUUGGGCGUGUCCUUGAGCUUAUUCAUAUUGGGUCGCCUGUCGCCCAGCGAAUGGGAUAAUCCGUAUCCCUGUAUCGAAGAGCCGGACGAACUGGAGAAUCAGUUCACCAUAGGCAACUCCAUUUGGUUUACGACUGGCGCCCUGCUUCAGCAGGGUUCUGAAAUUGGACCCAAAGCCUUAUCCACUCGAACUGUAGCCAGUUUCUGGUGGUUCUUUACUUUAAUUGUGGUGUCCUCUUACACAGCAAACUUGGCUGCCUUCUUGACCAUCGAAAAGCCGCAGAGUUCCAUCAACAGCGUUGAAGAUUUGGCAACCAACAAGGAUGGCGUGGUCUACGGUGCAAAAAGAACCGGAUCCACAAGAAAUUUCUUCCUAAAUUCUGAGGAUUCAAACUACAAGAUGAUGAACAAAUUCAUGCUCGAAAACCCACAGUACCUUACGAAUGACAACCAGGAGGGAGUUAGAAGGGUGAAGACCGAAGGUAACUAUGCAUUCCUGAUGGAAUCUACUUCCAUUGAGUACAACACCAAACGAGAAUGCAAUCUCAAAAAGAUUGGCGAUGCCUUGGACGAGAAGGGAUACGGAAUAGCCAUGAAAAAGAAUUCGCCGCAUCGCGGAGUGUUUAACAGCGCGCUACUGGAGCUACAGGAGCAGGGAGUCCUUGAGAAGAUGAAGAAUAAGUGGUGGAACGAGGUCGGCACAGGAAUUUGCUCCACCAAAGAGGAGUCCCCGGAUGCCACGGAAUUGGGCAUGAAAAAUUUGCAGGGCGUGUUCUAUGUGCUUCUUGGCGGAAGUUUAUUUGCCAUGUUGUACGGCAUUAUUAGCUGGUUCAUGUUUGUUAAGAAGAAGGCUUUCCACUAUAGAGUUCCACUGCGCGACGCUCUUAAGGAGGAAUUCCAGUUCGUCAUCGACUUUAACAACUAUAUUCGAGUGCUCAAAAACUCGGCCUCCAUCUACUCACGCAGUCGUCAGUCUUCUAUGUCAGUAGCUUCGGUGGCACAGGAGUCCCAAUAGAAGAAAUUGUUUUGAAACCUGUAAUUCUUUGGAAACUAAAUCAUAAAAAUUGAAGAACUUUUUUUCAUUUUCGGUUUUUCGUAUUGAUGAUCAUCUGGAAAUUUCAACUUAUUUAUUAUAAUAUUUGAAAACCAUAAGCCAAAAUUUCAAACAAAACUUAUUUUUAAAUUUU